AAGGCAGGGUUUAAUGGGGAGCACAGAGAGCAUUUUGUCUGAAACUGAUUGCGGGAAUGUUGCUGUUCAACUUAUUUAACUGAGUUUCUAUAAUAUUUAAAGGAAUAUCUUGACUUGUAUGUAUCACUGCGAGAGGAAAGAGAAAGUUACAGACUUCUGGGCUGUUAAUAAUCCAUAAAACCUGAAGUAGGCUUAUUAUACUGCAAACUUUCUGCAGCCCAGUUAUGAAUUCUUUACCACCUAUACGGGAAGACAGGAUCAUCCAUGAGCUCCCACUGUAUUUCACAAGAGAGGCUGCAGUGCACACCAAAACAGACUUCCAUGUUACUGUGCAAAAUGCAUGUCAGAGGGCAGACUCACUAAGAUUCACCGUAGCCAAGGUCAUAAUUGUGGGUGAUGUCGCUGUAGGGAAAACAAGUUUGAUCAACAGGUUUUGCAGGGACACUUAUGAGAAAGGCUACAAAGCCACCAUCGGAGUGGACUUUGAGAUGGAGAGGUUUGAAAUCCUGGGAGUGCCUUUUAGUCUGCAGCUGUGGGAUACUGCAGGUCAGGAGAGGUUUAAAUGUGUUGCUUCUACCUACUAUAGAGGAGCUCAAGCCAUCAUAGUGGUGUUUGACUUAAGCAACUACUAUUCCCUGGACCAUGCAAGGCAGUGGCUUGAAGAUGCCAUGAUAGACAACGAUCCUUCCAGUGUGCUGCUCUUCCUCGUAGGGACGAAGAAAGAUCUGAGUCAUCCAGAUGUGUUGGCUCAAAUGGAGCAAGAAGCCAUCAAGUUAUCAGAGGAGAUAAGAGCCGAGUACUGGGCCGUGUCCGCUCUGUCAGGAGAGAGUGUGAGGGAAUUCUUUCUCCGGGUUGCAUCGCUGACCUUUGAGGCGCGUGUAUUAGCUGAACUGGAGAGGAACAAUAAUAAACAACUGGACGGUAUUGUUAAAAUCACGGAUCACGAUGAAACAUCAAAGAAGAAGCAUGCAAACUGCUGUAGCUAAGCGAACUGAGAAGCAGGACCCAUGUGUGUGUGUGUGUGAACAUCUCAGGACAGAGACGGAGACCCAGAUUAACACAGUGUGACUACAGACUGCAGUGUUAGACACAAUCUCCAGCUCUACUGAACCGAGUGACCCUGUUGAGCUGCUAAUCCUGAAGCUGUAGUCUAUGAGCAGAGUUUUAGGUGUUCUUUUCCACAACAAAGGACUCUUGCCAAGAAAAUCACCUGAAAUAUUUUGCUGAGUUUUGCCACACUGCUGUGCAGGGACAUAGAAAUUUUAAGUUGCUUUAUUUAAUAAAAAGCAAUUUUGUCAUUUGAGUACAUUUGCACUAAAGAAAACCUGUUUUGCAAAGAGAAAAAUGUCCCUCAGUCUGCAUUUGAAUCAAUAUUAUAUUAUAUAUAAAUUAUACUAUAUACA